AUGGUGGUAAAAAUUUUCGGAAUGCGUUUGACAUGGAAACGGAUAGUGAUAGGUGGUACCGCUGCUGGCGUGGGGACCGUGGCUUUUAUGGAAAUCGUUCCAAGACUACUUGAAGCAAAGAGAAUGCGCGCUUGUCGCCUUCGACCUCCACCUACAGAGCAAGAGCUCGCACUUUUUCGUGGUCCCCUCACUAGUCGUCAACACAAUAUCAGUCGUAUGAUGAAUAGAGAUGAGAUUUUCGAUGUAUUGGUUAUUGGCGGUGGAGCUACUGGCACUGGUGUUGCGCUCGAUGCAAUUACUCGAGGGUUGAGUACUUGUCUAGUCGAUAAGCAGGACUUUGCUGCGGGAACAUCUAGUCGUUCAACUAAGCUUAUUCAUGGAGGUGUUCGCUACCUGCAGAAAGCCGUCUUCAAUUUGGAUAUUGAACAAUUUCGCAUGGUUCGGGAGGCUUUGAGUGAGCGCGCAAAUUUGCUGAAUAUUGCACCUCACCUGGCCCACCCUCUCCCUAUUAUGUUACCGGUUUACAAAUGGUGGCAAGUGCCUUAUUACUGGAUGGGUAUCAAGAUGUACGAUCUUGUCUCCGGUACACAGAUUCUCAAGUCUAGCUACUUCCUCAACAAAUCUCGCUCCAUGGAGAUUUUCCCCCACUUGAAAGAAGACAAACUAAAGGGGGCUCUGGUCUACUACGAUGGUCAGCAUGAUGACGCAAGAAUGUGCCUUGACGUCGCCUUCACUGCUUGUCGUCAUGGCGCUGUUAUUGCCAACUACGUGGAGGUGUUGGAGCUGCUCAAAGGCCCUAGUGAGGAUCCGAAACAGAAAGAUUCUAAUGGCAACCCAAAAAUUGUAGUGAAUGGUGCUCGAAUGAAGGAUCGUCUCACAGGCAAGGAGUUCACGGUGCGUGCUCGUUGUGUUGUCAACGCUGCUGGACCCUUCACCGACGACAUUCGCAAGAUGGAGAAUGAUAAGGUUAAAUCGAUUUGUCAGCCUAGCUCUGGUGUCCACAUUGUUCUGCCCAAUUACUACAGUCCUGAACACAUGGGUCUUUUGGAUCCAUCAACUACUGACGGUAGAGUUAUUUUCUUCUUGCCUUGGCUUGGUCAUGUAGUGGCGGGUACCACUGAUCAUCCUUGUAAAGUGACCGCCUCGCCAGAGCCAACAGACGAUGAUGUUCAAUUCAUUCUUUCGGAGGUUAGAAGCUAUUUGUCGAAUGACUUGCAAGUUCGAAGAGGCGAUGUGCUUUCCGUGUGGUCUGGCAUUCGUCCCUUGGUUUCGGAUCCAAACUCAAAGGACACCCAGUCUAUUGCAAGAAAUCACAUCAUCAAUGUCGGUGAUAAUAACCUCAUAACAAUUGCCGGUGGUAAAUGGACGACCUACCGUAAGAUGGCUGAGGAGACGGUGGAUGAGUGUAUCAAGGUCUGCGGGCUUAAACCCAAAUCGAAGUGCCAAACUCUUGGUUUGCGCCUGAACGGAGCACACGGUUGGUCACCCAACCUCCCCAUUCAACUCUCUCAGGAGUAUGGCAUUGAUCGAGAUGUCGCUGUUCAUCUUGUUUCAACCUACGGUGGCCGGGCUGUGGAUAUUGCUCAACACGCCAAACUCACCGGACUUCGUUAUCCUCUCGUUGGUCGCAAACUUCAUCCAGAUUUCCCUAUCAUUGAAGCUGAGUUCCGUAUUAACUUCACUUUGCCUUCUAAUAGUGCAGAAGCUUACACCAAUUUUGACGUAGCGGAGUCUGCAAGAGUUCCUUCUCAAGGUAAACUCAAAGUUAAAUGGGCUUGCAAAGAGUACGCCUGCAACGCCAUUGACUUCCUUGCUCGACGAUCGCGCGUUGCUUUCUUGAAUGUCCAUGUGGCUGAAGAGAUUCUACCCAAGGUUAUCGACCUGAUGGCUACGGAAUACAAUUGGUCUUCGCAACGCAAGAAGAAGGAAUUUGAUGACGCUAUGCACUUCCUUAGAACUGAAAUGGGUCUUGGCAUGAAGCGUAAGGAUAUCAUGAUCAACUUCUCAGAAGCGGAAGAGAAGAAAAUUAUCGCCCAAUUUGAGUCCAUUGAUGUGGAAAAGAAGGGGUUCAUCACGUUAAGCGACCUUCGCAACUUCUACCAGGUUUGUUUUCUAACUUACAAUUUUAUCUUGUUGCUUGAAUCCAUGUUUGUUUUUCCACGCUGA